AUGGAUCCAAAUAAUCCUAAUUAUGGAAGAAAUAUGAAUUUCCCAACUGAAUACAAUGCAAAUACUCCCCCUUUUGAUCCAAAUAUAUUCAAUAAUCCACAAUUUCAAGCUGCUUUGCAAUGGUUUGGUAGCCACCAAAGACCUAUAAACCCGAAUUAUACAUCCCAAAUUCCUCACCAAUUUCAUGGGGGUUCAUCUUCACAAAAUGUCCCAUUAUUUCCCAUGUCCCAACAUUUUACCCAACCCAUGGAUCAAUCUCCAGGAGUAAAUGUUAGUAGCACUGCUUCUCCAACAGAAGAUGUACGGGAAGCGCAACAUCUAGAAGAUCUCGAUGAUGAUGUUGUUGACAUUACCGGAGAAGACCUCAAUGAUAAAAAAGCUACUGCAUGGAGUAUAGCUGAGGAUAAGGCGCUUGUUUCAGGCUACAUCAAUGCCGGUGGGAAUGUUACCAUAAAUACGAAACGAACUAAAGCCGGUUUAUGGGUUGCAAUUGGGAAGUUAUACGAAGAGGCACGGGUAGAGAACCUUGAAGAGAUAAAAGAAUGGACCAUUAAGUCCAUGCAACAACGUUGGGAUUUUAUCAACAAAUGGGUUUCAAAAUGGGUUAUGGCGUACAGUUAUAUCCUACGACAUCCGAAAAGUGGAAACUCAGGCGGAGACGCUAUCCAACGUGCCCAUGAGUAUUAUGCAAAACUCAAUCAUGGAAAACACUUUACUUUGAUGCAUUGUUUUGAAACAAUGCAAAAUUGUCCUAAAUGGGACCCACAUAUGGUCCAACAGCUUCCUUUGGAGAGCGAGGGAAGUGGGAAACGAUCCGAACUAGAAUCACCAAGUGUGGGUGCUGGAAAAAAGCGACCUAUGGGUAUAAAAAAAUCAAAGAGUUUAGCUGCAGAAGGUAGUAAUUCUUCUACAUCGAUAAACCUUGAAGCUUUCAACACAACUCUUGACGAAACUAGUGAUAAGCGGCUUGAUCAAGGAGAACGAAUGAUCGACUUGAUAAGUAAAAGGAGCGAAGAUAGGAAAAAGCUAAAGGAGGAGGAGAUGAAAUUUAGCAUGUUACGUUCGUUGAUGGAAAAACCCGUCCUCGAUGAAUUUGAAGUCGAAAUGUACAAGAAGCUUAGAGAGGAGUUUAGUAACAGUGAUGAAAUCUAUGACUACAUGUUGCUUGAUUUUAUUGAGGAAAAUCGGCAACAACAAAUCAUAGAAGAUGCAUUGAGAUAUGUGGUUAACACCACCAUGCAACAAGAAGAAGAUGUUCCACGUCAAAGAAAACGAAGGGAAGUUAUACCACGUAAUCGUGAAGCAACACAUGAUCAGUUGGUUGCUGACUAUUUCAGCGAACAACCAUUGUAUGGUGACGAUAAGUUUCGACGUAGGUUUUGCAAGCGGAAACCUCUAUUUAUGAAGAUAGUGAACCAACUGAGUGAAACUGAUCGAUUCUUCCAACAACAUCCAGAUGCCAGUAUGCGUUUGGGUGCUUCUCCAAUACAGAAGUGCACAGCGGCUAUAAGGAUGUUAGCAUAUGGAUGUGCAGCUGAUCAAGUUGACGAGUACCUCAAGCUUGGGGCAACUACGGCUAGACAUUGUAUCACACACUUCGUUGACGGAGUGAUUCGUGAAUUCUCAGCAGAGUACUUGAGGAAACCAACCCCUGAAGAUAUGAAUCGCCUCCUAAGAGAAGGAGAGGAAAGAGGUUUUCCUGGUAUGUUGGGAAGUAUCGAUUGCAUGCAUUGGGAGUGGAAAAAUUGUCCAGCGGGGUGGAAAGGGAUGUAUCAAGGGAGAUCAAAAACGGCGACGGUUAUCUUAGAAGCUGUUGCAUCUUGUGAUUUGUGGAUAUGGCAUGCCUUUUUUGGUACACCUGAUUCCUGCAACGAUAUAAAUGUCCUUCAACGUUCACCCGUCUUCGACGACAUUUUAAAUGGUCGUGCUCCACAAAUUCAGUUUACCGUGAAUGGAAAUACUUACAAUCAGGGGUAUUAUCUCACAGAUGGGAUCUACCCAAAAUGGGCAACAUUUAUAGAUGCAAUAACUGCACCGCAACCCCUAAACAACGAUUGUUUACUACCAAACAAGAGAGUAUUAGAAAAGAUGUAG